AUGUUAUCCUCCCGGCAACUGCUCGCACGCCCCGUCGCGAUGGGGUCGGUCGCGUCGUACCGGAAGGGGAGUUACCACAUCGUCCCAAAGAAGCACACCGUGGGGCGGCGCAUUGCGGUGCGCAGUUACCUCGACCGUAACCGCACUGAGUUGUCAGACCGCACGUAUAUGCCGCAGAAGGCGUGGUUCGAGGCGUACACGCCGAAGCGCUUCGAGCGGGAACACGAAGAGCUAAGUCACAACUUCUACAACCUGGAGACGAAACUUAUCUGGACCGCCUUCGACACGCCUGAACUCAUCGGUAUUUUGCUGCACGAUGAGACGAUAAAGGGGGCGAAGCACCUCUACGACGCGGAGUUCCUCGAUGCCGCGCUGCACUGGACGCGUGAGAGCCGGUACUGGCGCUGCAUAGGCAUCACGAAGCCGUUCUAUAAUAAGACGACGCUGCGGGCGCACUGCUGGCACGACGGCGGCAUGCAGGUCGGCACGCUUGUCCUCUCACAGGCGAUGCGUCACGCCUUAAUGGACCUCGAACGUGCAGUGCGACGGAAAGAGUUGGGCCUCGAACCGAACUACAAGUGGGACCGCUGGGGACCCAUCGGCUUCAUUGACGGCGCGCAAGCGGACUACCUCCCACGUUUUGCCCACAACCCUCAUGUUGACCCGGACGGCGUGGACGUGACGGAACUUGACGUGGCGCCAUUCAACACGCACGAGCAGAUAAAGGAGCGCUACGGCGAGUUUAUUGAGCCCGACCUGGCGCCGUUUGAUGGUGUCUUUGGCGCGCCAUCGCACGGUGCCAUGUCGCUUGACGAUGUGCCGCAACAGGCGGCGGUACAGCUAUACCGCGACCUUAAAGAGCAGGCAGGAAUACCAGUGCUCCUGGGCGGGGGGGCGGAGAUUGCACCGGCAGAUAUGCGAGCGCUCUUCUACCUCAGCGCCGACCCACAGCGGCUGGCGAGGGCGCAGGGAAUUGGUUCAUGGCAGGAGGUUCGUGAGAUGCUGACACCUGUGCAGGAAGCAAGCGACGAAAAGAUUGAGGCACUGCGUCUCUUACAGAAUACACGACAUGAUGCAAACCGUGUACGGUGUUUCUUUGAGGAGAAGUGUGGCUUCGCAGACUUUAUGCAUACACCGGAUAAAGUCAUCACAGCGGCGGUGUUGUGUUAUCUGCAGGAGUUGCAUCGGAUAUGCACCGAGACGGCGUGGGGCAAGCCACUUGCGGUGGCCCUGACCGAUGCGGAGCGGGUAGAAGUUAUGGGGAAGGAAGCAUUUUUAGUGUAUCGUCACAUUGAGGAUGCAAUACUUGAUAAGCGGCGACGCACAUGGGCGACGCGCUUUUCCGGCGAGGCGAACGAGGAGAGCACGCUCGACUAUCUUCUGGAGAACUUUGGUCGUCGUACGGAGCAGACGCGCAAUGUUGGGUCAACUGGCACGGAGUUUGACAGGGAGCAGGAGCCCAUUGGCCGACAGGUGCAGCGGCGCGUCAUUGACGCGGACAAGGCCAACAAGUUGGCGGUGGCGCGGCAGCAAAAGGGUAAGAUGUGGUCCAAAAAGAAGAGCGUCUUUGACUCCCUCCAUCAGAAGCAGAUGCAGAAUAUUACGUAUGGCGUUCGUUAG